UCAACCAAAAAAAGAAAAAAAAAAAAAAAAAAAGGAAAAAAAGGUGAAUCGACACGUCGCCGUUCCGACAUCUAAUACUUGAACCAAUAUAUCUAUACUUUUCUAUUUUUUAUUUUCCAAUUACCAAAUCAAUUUGUGGAAAAACCCUAAUUCCGUCGAUUCAGUUUCAGCCUCGCAUUACCUAUCUCUCUCUCCCCCCCUCUCUCUAUCUCUCUAUCUCUCUCUGAAGUUCUUCAAUCGUCAUUCUGAAGGAACCACGAUCUCUUGAUUGAUCCAUUCGUUUAUCCGCAAGAGGUUUUAUAACAAUAAACGUUGCAAAUACUGUAGCAAUUUGAUUUCGAGGAGAUGUCUUCGGCAUCCAGAUCAAAGUCCAAGGACAAAAAGGCUACCAAGGAACCACAGAAGGUUUCUUCCAAGCCCUCAGUACACACUAACACUGGUAGUAGUAUUGCAGCUAGUGGAUACAAUCCACUUUUGGGAACAUUCCAUACACUUGAGACAGCACCGGUAGCUUCUACUCAACCUCUUCAUGUAAAUGGUCGUUUCCAGAACAUAGAUGAGACAGAUGACCAUCUUGGGAACUCAUUUGGAACUGUGGUUGAGUGCGAUACUGUUUCCAACAAUGGUAGCUGGUCUGGCGAGUCAGAAGAUCACAAAGAUAAAGUAUCUCAUCCUCCUCUUCGUCAAGAGGCCAUACCAGGAGCUGAAAAUGACAAGCGAGAAAAAAUCCGUCAAAAAAACGAGAGGAAGCAUCAGCGUCAGAAAGAGAGGCGAGCCCAAGAGUUGCAUGAGCGAUGUAGUGGCUAUCUCAUGUCUAGAAAGCUGGAAGCACUUGCUCAACAGCUAGUGGCAAUGGGAUUUUCUUCAGAACGGGCAACAAUGGCUCUUAUUUUGAAUGAAGGCAAAGUAGAGGAAUCAGUGGCAUGGCUAUUUGAAGGGAGUGAAGAAGCAGAUAAAAAUUGGGAGCACAACCUUGAUGGUGGGAGCAAUUUAAAAAUUGACAUAUCGGAGGAGCUAGCACGGGUUGCAGAUAUGGAGACUACAUAUAACUGCUCUAAGCAGGAGGUUGAAAGAGCGGUUGUUGCCUGUGAGGGUGAUCUUGAGAAAGCAGCAGAAACCUUGAGGGUGCAGAAGAAUGACCCACAGUUUGCCGCACAGAAGCAAGAAGAAACUGGUGACCCUCCAACUGUUACUAGUGGCAAGCUUUCAGUAGAUUUUAGUCAGAAUUUAUUGAGGGCACAACCAAAAUACAAUUCGUCUACUACCAUGCAACAGAAACGGGAUGACAAAGAUUUCAAUUAUACAAAAUCAUCCGUUGUGGCCACAACUUCUGUGGAAUCCAUGAGCAAAAACGUACAGCCUUCAAGGAGAGCUCAGCCAAAAAUGGAGUGGGCAAAACCGCAACAAACUGCAAUGCCAGCAGAGAAAAGAUGGUUGAGUUCAGGAUCAAACCCUUCAGUUUCUUUUUCUGUGGCAUCUCCUUUGCAGGCAACAGCUGCACCAGCCAAGAUGGAAACCCGAUAUGCGGCAGUUGGAAAUGAAUUGAAGAACCUUCAGCUGGGAGCAGUGAGGGAACCAGUUGUAGUGAUGCAACGACCCCAACAACUCAAUACAAAGCAGCCCCCUGCGACGAGCAUAAGCUCAUCCCCUCCAGGGACGGCCAGUAAUUGGUAUCCUGCCAGUAUAGAAACAAUGAAGCCUAAUGGAUUUUUACCACAAAUUCCCAGCACUAGAAGCCUUAGCCCAAACGAUCUAGGUUCUAAUCAGUUGUAUAACCAACUCCAGUAUCAACGUCAGCAUUUUGUGUCUAGUAGUAGCUCAAUGGAGUCCCCAGUAUCAGCCCGAGCAAAUGGUAGAAUGCGUACAUCUCCUACACUUGCAGCGGCUUCCUCUCUUGGACUUUUCUCAGGUUUGGGUUCAAAUGGUUCAUCAGGGUCAUCAUCACCUGUAGACUGGAACACUGGUGGCUCAAUACUGCAGUUGGAUUACUCUAACAUAGACUGGACUUUGGAUCGGGGUACUUCUGGCCCAAGGUCAAUCGAGAUGUGGCAGGGCAUGAGUUCUGUUAUGCAAAACAACACUCAUGUGUUUGAUUCCUAUAAUUCCAGAGUGAGCGCUAAGACUGCCAUGAGACCACCUUUGUCCAACGGGAAUGGUGUUCCAAUGGCGGGUUUGCAGGAUGGAGUAGCGUCGUCUGAAACAUCUGCCGGUGGUUCGCGUGAGUGGGCUUCUCCCUUCGAAGAGAAAGACCUUUUUAGUUUACCCAGACAGUUUGUUUCUUCUCCCUCUCUGUAGGUUGUGCCAGAGAGGAGUCCAAGAAUAAAAUAAAAAAAAGAAAAAGGACAAGGAAAUGUGCUUGGAUUUGUUAUUUGUGUUGGUUCUUUUGGCGCUGCAGUGUUGAUGAUUGUUGGUGAUCAACCUUUAGUGGAAAAAGCAUCUAAAAGUUUUUUUUUGUU